AUGCGCUCUGGGAAGUACAUGGAUGGGUUUGAAGGAGAAGCUUCCACCGCCUCCAUGGUGUCGGGGGCCAGCAGUCCUUACCAGCCCACCACGGAGCCCGUCAGACAGAACCGGGGCUGGCGGGGUCUUCAGUGUGACCUGGAAUACAUCCGCUCCCUGUUUGGGGUCCUGAAAUGCAGCCAAGUGCUCCUGGCUAUGCUGUCGUUUAUCUGCAUCGAGACGAUAAUGGAAUGCUCGCCAUGUGAAGGAUUGUACUUCUUCGAGUUUGUCAGCUGCAGUGCGUUUGUGGUGACCGGCGUUUUGCUGCUCAUGUUCAGCCUGUCCCUCCACGAGCGCGUCCCUCACAUCAACUGGAUUCUAACGGAUCUGGUAAACACCGGACUCAGCGCUCUCUUUUUCUUCAUCGCCUCUGUAAUUUUGGCAUCGCUGAACCACAAGUCUGGGGCGGAAAUUUCUGCAGCGGUUUUUGGCUUUUCAGCCACCCUCUCCUACUCUGUGAACACAUACCUGGCACUGCGGAAAUGGAGAUCCGGCAGCCGGUCCCAGAACAUCCGCCAGUCCAGCGACUACAUAAGGGCACGCAGCGAAUCCCGCGACGUAGACUGCCGCCCUGAGAUUCAGCGUCUGGAUGCGUGAGCGGCCAAGGCCAGUGGAAAUUUGAAAGGAUGAAAACCAAGUGACUUCUCACCAAAGGCCUGGGAUUGGUCCGGUUUUGUAAGAAGGCAGCAGGUGUGGGAAACGUUCCCCCAACAUUGACAUGCGUUCAUAUUCCUGGACUAGGCCUGAUAUUGUAAG